CUUAAGUUUUUUUUGAAUAGCACAUUACUACCCUAUUACAUUACAUAAUACUGCAGCAAUGGUAAUUUUAAAACAGAUUUUUGUUUUUCUUGUAACUGUGACAAUACAAUCAGCAUUGAGUCGUGAUUGUCCAAUAUUAUGUCCAUAUAAUUAUGAACCUGUAUGUGCUGUCAAUGAAUCUGGAAUUAUACAAGUCUUUUUUAAUAGAUGUGAAUUAGAUGUUGCAAUUUGUUUGAAUGGGAAACCAUACGAUGAUGUUGAAUGGCAUCUAUGUUCCCCGGAAAUCGUAGUAAAUGGAGGUAAACCAAAUUCCACUGGUAAUGAAAAUAAAAAUGGUACAAAAAAUGAUAAUACUGUUAACACGACUCCAAGAGGCAACUUAAAUGGUAAUCCAAAUUUGAAUGGCAAGUCGAGUGAUGGACAUAUACCGAAGUCCGAUAACCAUAAUGAUACUCCAGAAGGAAAAUUUAAUUCUACUGGUAAUGAAAAUAAAAAUGGCACAAAAAAUGAUAAUAUUGUUAAUACUACUCCAAGAAACAACUCAAAAGACAGCCCAAAUUUGAAUGGCAAGAGUGAUGAAGAUGAACAUGUACCGAAACCUUGCGGCUAUAAUAAAGAAUGUUAACCAGAAAGUUCCAAAUAAUAUGAUUACAUAUACAAUUGUUUACAUAUACAAGUGGCUUUAUUUUAAUCAAUUCAUCAAAAAUAUCUCCUAAAAUACAUCAGUUAUACAAAUCUUGUUUGGGUGAAAAUUAUAAAGUUUGGCAUCUUAUUUGACCUAGACUAAUUGAUAAGAGAUAGAAUAAUACUUUGAAUUAAAAAGUUUCCCUCAUCAAUAAAACAAAUAUUUUUAAACUUACGUUUCUAAUUUUGAGGGUAGAUUCUGUUAGAACUUGAGAAAAUUAGACGAAAAUUAAGAGUAAAAUUUUUCGAUAUAUCUAAAAAAGUCUAAAAAUAAUCACUUAUAGAAG